UGUGUGUGUGUGCGCGCGCGCGCGUCUAUAGAAAUAAUAAAUGCUAAAAUAAAAAUAGAAACAACAAUAACAAUAUUGUCAAAUAAUACCGGUGACUUAAUGCAUUGAGUGUGAUUGGGAAAUGUUUAGCUAAAAGUAGUUUAAUGACGUCAGAAUAAGAAUUAGCACUGUCUGUACUGGCUUGUGAAGGUUUAGCUAGCUGGAUGCUAAUGUAGUAGUGGACCUGUGAGCAGGUAGCUUACUCAUUUUCGGUUUCAUUAUGAGCAUGAGACACACUUAGGUAACGUUAGAAAUAAACAAAGGCUCAAAAAAAAUUGGCUACUUCAACCAAGCACCAAGCCAAGAAAGACAAGUUCUCUUUCCAUCCUGACACAUAAACCAUGACAGCAAUGCGCGUCGAUGCCAAGGUGGUCAUGCUCGGGAAGGAGAGUGUGGGUAAAACCAGCCUGGUCGAGAGAUAUGUUCAUCAUCGCUUCCUCGUCGGACCAUAUCAAAACACCAUCGGAGCCGCCUUCGUCGCCAAGUCCAUAAACAUCGGGGACAAAGUCAUCACUCUGGGAAUAUGGGACACGGCUGGAUCCGAGCGGUACGAGGCCAUGAGCAGGAUUUACUACAGAGGAGCGCGAGCUGCCAUCGUGUGUUACGAUUUAACAGACAGCAGCAGCUUCCAGAGAGCCAGGUUCUGGGUAAAGGAGUUACAGACGUUUGAAGAGCACUGUAAGAUCUAUUUGUGCGGCACCAAGAACGACCUCGUGGAAGGCGACAGGAGCGCACGGCAAGUCGACUACCACGACGUUCAGGACUUCGUGGAAGAAAUAGGAGCACAGCAUUUUGAGACCUCGAGCAAAACAGGAAACAACGUUGACGCACUCUUCCUGAAAGUAGCAGAGGAUUUCGGUAACUCGGCUUUCGAGCUUCUGCCAGACGAUAAAGGAGUGAACCUGGGCCAAAAGAAGAACUCCUACGUCUACACCUGCUGUCAUCACUGACCGAACACGAGGACCCCGUGACGUCAUCUCAACGUCUCCUGCCCUUUUUAUUUAAAACUAAAUAAUAAUAAUAAUAACAGACUGCAUUGAUACAGUAUAUAUAUAUAUUUUUCCCCAGGUCUUUCAGUGGAUAAAGUGUCAUGAGUCGUGCUUAUGGAUUUUUGUGAACUGAAUUUUCACGAGUACCCUCGAUAGCGAGGGCAGAACCGGGGAAGAAAAGAGAAACCGAAGCGUCGAUGCACAGAAGUGAUUAAUACUUCGGUUCCUGAUUUAGCUUUUUUCCCCACACACACACACACACACACACACACAGUGAAAGCAGUGAGGGUUAUAUUUGACUUGAGUUCACACCCACUGCCGUAGACUCACUGGUUUACUCAAACACACACACACUAUUUAUUUAUUUGUUAAAUCCUUGUAGUUGUCUGUAGAAGCUUCUUUUUAAAAAAAUUAUUUCAUUUGCCCUGACACAAAACAGACUGGGUUAUAUGGCGGCGAUGUUAAGGUCACAAUGUGGUAUAUCUCAUAGGAAGGAAAAUACUGAGAGGGGGACAGAACCCUUGGUCAAAAGUAUUGGAACAGUCGCCGUGUACUCUUUACGAGUGUGUUCCUUCACUUGCGGCUAUGGCUAUUUUUCUUUUUUCUUUAUUGAAAGAGCCUUUGCACUCGGAAAUGUCUGGACUUCAUCACUUGUCCAAAGCAUCCAAAACGUGAUGUUUCAUGUUUACAUUGAAAGCGUAAAAACUGUUUUUAUUUUACCUUUUACGUUUGAUACGGAUAAGGAAAUCCGCUUCUGCUUUUCUACAUCGUGGAAAAAGUGUAUUAUUUCUUCUUGUGCCUGUACAGAGUGUACACACUUUUCCGUGCCAUACAGACGUGCCUCCUGACAGCCAGUGUGUAUUUAAGCCCUCGUGAUCUACAAUAAGUGUCCACACUCCUCUCAGUGCUCUGGCUUUACUGUAUACACACACACACAUGACAUGGUCCGUGAUGUGAUCCAGUCUGGUGAUCGAGUCCACGGCGAGAAGGCCUAAUCCUUAUUCAGGAUCCAGGAAUGAAGCACAAGAAGAAAACCCACAGCAUGCCCGACGAGUGUGUUUAUCCGAAUGCGAAAGGAACUUAUUAACAAUUAUGUUAAAAAAGAAUGAAAAAAUGAGUUGAAACUUUCUGUACUUGUCAUUUAUUCUGUACAAAGCGCUACAGGACAAUUAAACGCUCUCACAAGG